GUUCCCGAACGCUGUCUGACUGUGGGUGUCAGUACUGUGAUGGAUGCUCGCGAAGUGUUGAUUUUAGUCUCCGGUACUUCAAAAGCUCUGGCUCUGAGUAAAGCGAUCGAGGAAGGAGUCAGUCAUAUGUGGACUGUAUCUGCUCUGCAGCAUCAUAAACGCGCAAUUUUCGUUGUGGAUGAAGACGCAACUCUGGAGUUGAAGGUGAAAACAGUCCGAUACUUCAAAGGAUUGGAUAGUAUUCAUCGGAAACUGAAUGAAUAA